AUGGAGGGAGGAGUGCAGUUGCGAAAGGCAGUGAUGGACCACAUCUCAGACUCUUUCCUGGAGACCAACGUCCCGCUGCUGGUGCUCAUUGAAGCGGCCAAGAGUGGAAACGAGAAGGAGGUCAAGGAGUACGCCCAGGUGUUCCGUGAACAUGCUAACAAGCUGGUGGAGGUGGCCAACCUUGCUUGCUCCAUCUCCAACAAUGAAGAGGGUGUGAAGUUGGUUCGAAUGGCUGCCACCCAAAUUGACAGCCUGUGUCCACAGGUUAUCAACGCUGCCCUCACUCUGGCUGCCCGCCCCGGAAGCAAGGUGGCCCAGGACAACAUGGACGUCUUCAAGGAUCAGUGGGAGAAGCAGGUGCGCAUCCUGACCGAGGCUGUGGAUGACAUCACCUCUGUGGAUGACUUCCUCUCUGUUUCAGAGAACCACAUCCUUGAGGAUGUCAACAAAUGCGUAAUUGCCCUGCAAGAGGGAGAUGUGGACACUCUUGACCGAACUGCUGGGGCCAUCCGGGGCCGAGCUGCCCGUGUGGUCCACAUCAUUAACGCUGAGAUGGAAAACUACGAACCGGGGGUCUACACUGAGCGUGUGCUGGAGUCCAUCAAGCUGCUGUCUGAGACUGUCAUGCCACGUUUUGCUGAACAAGUGGAGGUUGCUAUCGAGGCACUGAGUACAAACCCUCCGCAGGCCUUUGAGGAGAAUGAGUUCAUUGAUGCAUCCCGUUUGGUCUACGACGGCGUCCGGGAUAUUAGGAAAGCUGUCCUCAUGAUAAGGACACCAGAGGAGCUUGAAGAUGACUCUGACUUUGAACAGGAGGACUAUGAUACUCGCAGCAGGACUAGUGUCCAGACUGAAGAUGACCAGCUCAUUGCCGGACAGAGUGCUCGGGCUAUCAUGGCACAGCUUCCCCAGGAGGAGAAGGCUAAGAUUGCUGAGCAGGUGGAGAGCUUCCGACAGGAGAAGUGCAAGCUAGAUGCAGAAGUGGCCAAGUGGGAUGACAACGGCAAUGACAUCAUUGUGCUGGCCAAGCAGAUGUGUAUGAUCAUGAUGGAGAUGACAGACUUCACCAGAGGCAAAGGCCCCCUGAAGAACUCCUCAGAUGUGAUCAACGCGGCUAAGAAAAUUGCAGAGGCUGGUUCUAGGAUGGACAAAUUGGCCCGUGCCGUUGCCGAUCAGUGCCCUGAUUCAGCAUGCAAGCAGGAUCUGCUGGCCUACCUGCAGAGAAUUGCCCUGUACUGUCAUCAGCUCAACAUUUGCAGCAAGGUGAAAGCUGAGGUCCAGAAUCUGGGAGGAGAGCUCAUCGUGUCCGGGCUGGAUAGUGCCACUUCCCUCAUCCAAUCAGCCAAGAACCUAAUGAACGCAGUGGUGCUGACUGUAAAGGCAUCUUAUGUAGCCUCUACCAAGUACCAGAAGGUGUACGGAACAGCGGCUGUCAACUCACCCGUGGUGUCCUGGCGCAUGAAAGCCCCUGAGAAGAAGCCUCUGGUAAAAAGGGAGAAGCCCGAGGAGUGCCAGACACGGGUGAGACGAGGCUCCCAGAAGAAACACAUCUCCCCUGUCCAGGCCCUCAGCGAAUUCAAGGCCAUGGACUCCUUCUAAGAUAAAAAAAUUAAAGUCAUGCUUACCCCAGAAAAACAACAAAACAUGACGGUGACAAGUUAAAGAAAAAGUCCCUUUUUACAUUGUGUUAACCCACCUCUGUUUGCCCCGUGUGUGUUUGGUGACACCUCAGGAGGACUACAGUACAUAUUAAACUGCCACACUGCGGCUCCUGUGAACACUGCGGGCCUCAUGGCUCGCAGACAGCCAGCACACACAAUACACUAUUUAUCAAUAUUAAUGUAGCUUAUUAUGUGAGAGCCAAAAUGUGACACAACUACUUUAGAAGAUAUAAAGUUGAAAAAAAGAAACAUAUCAGAAGAGGAAGAGGGGCAUUUAAAAAUAUGUGGCAGUUGACAUUUUAGCUAUAUCUUUAACGUGCUAAUGACUGGCUGCUUGUAUACACAUUUAAACUGUCUGAAUGGAAAUCCUGAAUGGUGCAGUAGAGGAGUUAUCUAAAGGGAUUAUGUCAAUGUUGGUAUGCUCCCACUUGGUAUGUUUAUUUCAAUUUGAAUGUAACCUGUAGUGCUAGGAAUAAUGUAUGUUUGAGAUACCUGGAAGGGUUGGCAUCCAAGUAGUUUCCUUGUCCCUGAUGAUUAUAAUAAUAACCCAUAUAGUGUUUUUUUCGAGAAGCACACGUAUGGUCUAUUGUAAUGCCUUUUUAAAUUCAAUUUAUUUAAUGAUUACAUCACUAACUAUGAUGACCUUUAUUGGAAGUUGUGUAGCGUAUAAAUAUAGACAGAGAGGUUUGAAUAGUUGUGGUUUGCUCAGAGAAUAGAAAUCCCUGCAUACAGUACCUUUAUAUUCACCCUUCUCUAAUAAAUCUCUCAACUUGA